CUUCAUUGCUUCUAAGCCAUGGGGCCUUGUGAGAGUGAUCAAUUCUGUGAUCAUUAUUUGCUUGAGUCAGAAAAUGCAAGUUUAUAUGAUCUUGUUCGCUUUCUGCUUUCCUCUACAUCAGAAACAAGUAGAUUCAUCCACCGCCGGAACAAGGAAAAGGAUGAUUUUUGGCGCCGAUGGUAUAUAUUCAACUCCCUCCUUGCUCAGAAACUCCUCCUUUACUGGGGAAAGCCCUUGGUUCAGGUGGGGCAUAUGCUGGAGCUGUGGCUGAAUCUUCUUUCACAAAACGGGGGAUUUCUCGUGCUCUUGUCAAAUCUCUUAAAAGGAAAUGUGGUGUGGCCGGAUAGGUCAUCGGCGACGUUCACGUCUGUGUUGGGAAAUCUUGAUCAGAGAGUGGAAUUAGACAAAAACAUUAGACCUGAAAACCCAAAAUACAACGCUUCCCUUGCUAUGAUGGCCUCCAAAUUGGCAUACGAAAAUGAAGCAUUCGUUCAAACCACAAUCAAAGAUCAAUGGAGAAUGGAAUACUUGGGGUUCUACAACUUUUGGAACGAUUACAUGGGAAAAGUUUCGACUCAAGCCAUGAUGUUCCAAGAUACAAGAGUUCAACCUAACCUGAUCGUGGUUGCAUUUAGGGGCACCAGCCCAUUCGAUCCAGUAGCAUGGCAGACAGACGUCGAUCUCUCGUGGUUUAAGCUCGAAGGCGUGGGUAAGAUUCAUGCUGGCUUUUUUAAAGCUCUGGGCCGGCAAAAGGGCAAAGGGUGGCCCAAAGAAAUACAAGAAGGAAGUAAGCAACCACAAUAUGCUUACUAUGUAAUCAGACAAAGGCUGAGAGAAAUAUUGGAAAAGAAUGAGAGUGCAAAAUUUAUAUUGACGGGGCACAGCUUGGGUGGAGCAUUGGCGAUUCUGUUUGUGACUGUUCUGGCAAUGCACGAGGAGGAAUUGUUGUUGAAUAGGCUGGAGGGGGUGUACACUUUUGGGCAGCCAAGGGUGGGAGACAAGCAACUCGGAGAUUAUAUGAAGGAGAAGUUGAAGGAGUAUAAUGUCAGGCAUUUGAGGUAUGUUUACUGCCAUGACAUGGUGCCUAGGAUCCCUUAUGAUGAUGAAGCUAAUCUCUUUUUUGAGCACUGGGGGCCUUGCAUCUACUACAAUAGCUUCUAUAAAGGGAAGGUUCGAUAUGAGGAGCCGAAUAAGAACUACUUCUCGCUAUUAUGGGCCAUACCAAAGUAUCUAAAUGCAGCUUGGGAGCUGAACCGGAGUUUCCUAAUCCCAUAUAUACUGGGUCCGGACUACGAAGAAAGUUGGUUAAUGAAAAUGAUUAGGGUGGUCGGAUUGGUAUUUCCUGGAUUAGCAGCACAUUGCCCUCAAGAUUAUGUUAAUGCUACUCGAUUGGGAUGCGGAUGCUAAGCUCUACAUCUCCAAAAUGACUAAAAUCCAAUUCAUCAAAGAGAUUCUAAACUUGACUAACCCGUUAUAUA